GUAGGUGAAAGACAACAAGGGGUGCGUGAUCCACCAUAAAAAUUGCAUGUCUGAAUAGAAUGCACAACAUUAUAUUAAUUGAGGAACAACUGGCUCUUAUUAGAAGACAUGACAGUGGUGGGCAAUUGUGAAUCAUAGAUUGUGGAUGCUGAUCAUGUCCUGUGUUUGUCAUCUCCUCUAGGCUCUAGCACAUGCCUAGGCAUAUCCUGUUGUUGAGCAUAAGGUCUCCAAACACGUUAGAAGACAUCAUAUUUUUAGAAAAUGAGGGGCCCAAAACACACGUAACAUCCAGCCGGCCAUUUCCCUCUACGUCAUCACCUCCUUGCUCUUCUUUCUUCUAAACAAUGCCAAGGCUCAACCUCUUUUUCUUCAUCUCUCAAUUCAGGAUAAUGGAAUUGGGGAAGUAGCUACCAUCCACCAUAUAUCCUUUAUCAAGAAACUCACUCAUCUCGCCACCAUGGCCGACGCUGACUCCACCGGCGAUAACUCGGAAAACACGCCCACCGGCCAAAGCGUCCGCCUCAUGUGCAGCUACGGCGGCCGCAUCCUCCCUCGUCCGCACGACCACCAGCUCCGGUACGUUGGCGGCGACACCCGAAUCGUCGCCAUUCCCCGACACACCUCCUGGUCCUCCCUCCUCUCCAAGCUCGCCAAGCUUUCCGGCUCUUCCCCGGAUUCCGCCUCUCUUAUCGUCAAGUACCAGCUCCCUAACGAGGACCUAGACGCCCUCGUCUCCCUCACCUCCGACGAGGACCUCGAGAACAUGAUGGACGAGUAUGACCGCCUUCUCCUCCUUUCCUCCCCUUCUCGUCCCCCUCGACUCCGCCUCUUCCUUUUCCCUCCGGGCACUAACGUCAUCUCCUCUUCCUCUUCCGCCGCUUUCGGGUCCCUCUUGGAAAGCUCAACCUCCAAGCGCGACACUUGGUUCCUCGAUGCUCUCAAUGGAGGCACUAGUCCCGGCCUAUUGCCUCUCGAACGCGGCCGCUCGGAAGCCUCAUCCGUGAUCUCCGAGGUCCCAGACUACCUCUUUGGCCUCGACUCCAACUCCGACGAUCCGAAACCCAAAUCAUCAGACCCGAGCUCACCAGCAAUUGCCACGUCAUCCCCACAUUAUCGUUCGGCCUCAUCUCCACCGUCCGUUGCUGUAAUCCCUGAUUUCCCAACCACAACCGCCAAAAAGCCUGAACCGGCGGUUCAUCCCAUACCGAACCCGAACCCGAACCCGGUCUAUUACGUACAUGACUCGGCGGUCCCGGUUUAUUAUGUUCCCAGUAGCGUUCCUGUUCGACCGAUGCAGUAUGGCCCGGUCUACGGUGGACCGGCAUAUGUUGGUGGACCGCCGACCCUGGCUUCGGCUCGACCAGGAUUAGCAGGGGCGUUUGAAUAUCAGGGUGGGAUGGUUUAUCCGAUGGCUGGAGUUGGGCCGGUCGGAGGAGACGUGGUGGCUCCGCCUGGUGUUAUUGGGCCGGAGAUGAGGAUUGGGCCCACAUCUCGUCACUAUACUACUUGAAGGAAUAAUUUUAUCAGGAUGCGUCUUCUUUUCAUUAUUAAGUCUUUUGUGUUUGUUUUGGUAUAUAUCUUCCAAUUGCUCAAUUGUGGCAAUGAAUUGAUGUUUAGUUGUA